CGCAACCAUGACACCCGACAACAGUCAAAUCAAACUUGCUUUUAAAAACCAAACGAUUUUCUUGACUGGGGCAACAGGGUUUGUAGGCAAAGUCAUGAUUGCAAAAUUACUAACAGACUGUGAAGACAUUAAAAAGAUCUACAUGCUGCUACGGUCCAAAAAAGGGAAGAACAGUGAGCAACGCUUUGAAGAAAUUUUUGAGCAGCCUUGUUUCGAGUUCUUAAAAUCCAAAAGUAGCAACUGGAAGGAAAAAGUUUCGCUGGUUGAAGGUGACUGUGAAGAACCCUUGUUAGGAAUAAGCGACGAUAAUUUGAAAAUGUUAAAAAAUGAGGUUAAUUUUGUUAUCCAUCUUGCGGCGAAUGUAAGGUUUGAUCAGAGCCUGAAAAAAGCUGCUAACAAUGUUAAAUGUACUGCAGAUCUUUUGGAAUUGAGUAAAGGCAUAGCUAAUUUAAAGGUAGCGUGCUUUUACAUAUAUUUUUGA